AUGGCCAACUUUGGGGGCAUCACCACUUCGGUCCUGACGGGGGCCUACGUCGCCCACAUGACGGGCAUCUCGACGCUGGCUCUGGCCCAGCAGCCCAGGCCGGUCUCCCUCCCCAACCACGAGGCGUGCACGCGCUGGCACCGGGCCCAGCCGGGCGACAGCUGCGCCUCGGUGCAGCAGGGCGCCGGCCUGACGGCGGCCCAGCUCGGCGACCUCAACGCCGACGUCGCCAAGCUGUGCGGGGGCGGCGGCGCCGAGCUCACGCCGGGCGCCUGGCUGUGCCUCGCCUCGGCGCCCAGGGCGAAGAAGAAGACGUGGUGGCAGAUGACGCCGCAGGAGCGCAUCGACAAGUUUGGCCCGCGCAUCCUGCAGAGCCCGUCUUCGUCUUCGUCGUCGUCCAGCACAUCGUCGCCAACCGCCGUCACCUCACCCGUGACCCACGUCGUCGUCUCCUACCCGGCGCUCGACGUGGCCGAGCAUGCUGCCCCUGCCGACGACGUCGAGGAGCGGGACGAGCCCACCACGACCACCCAGACGCUCGAGUCGCACCACCACCCCGCGCCCCUGCCGCCGUCCACCCUAACGUCGGUCCCCAGGAUGCGCAGGCCGUGGUUCGCGAUGCCGAAGCCGCGGCUUACGGCAGCGGCGGCGGCGGUCGUGGACCUCGCCACCACGACGGUGACGCGCACAUACACUGGCACGGCGCCCCCCUUUACAGGACCCGGCGACGGCGCCACGGCGUGGCCCAGCAGCUUCAGCUCGGUGCCGGCUGACCAGCAGCCUGGCAAGACGGCGCUGCCCAUCAACUCGACAACCACGUCCACCGUCGUCACCAUGGUCGACACGCUCACGUCCUUUGUGCCCGUCAUGGCCACCGCCACCACCAACACCACCGUCUCGCCGCUGCACACCGUCUGGCGCCGCAACGACCGCCGCCGGCAACAGGCCACCCCCACCCCCACCCCCCAGCCCGACGGCGACGACAGCGACAACAACGAGCCCGACACCCACCUCCUUCCGCCCGACCAGGCCGCCCGCUGCGCCCGCCGCGAGCCCACCUCGCAGACGGCCAUCUUGCAGUUUGCCGCCCCGGCCGUGCGGCAUCAGCAGCUGGAGGAGGAGGAGGGGGAGGGGGACAAGUCCGACACGCCGCCGCCGCCGCCGCCGCCCCUGCUCCCCCGCCCCGCCGCCAUCGAGCACGCCUGCGCCCGCGCCACCAUCGCCCCCAUCGUGCUGUUGCCGCCCUCUGCCGGCGGCAGCGGCGCUGCUGAUGAUAAUGAUGAUGUUGUUGCUGCUGCUGCUCUAGCCGUCAUCACCGCGUCCCCGGCCACCACCACCAUGCGCCCGCCCCACGUCUACCUCAGCUCGGCGUGCUCGUGCCUGGGCCACUUUGACCGCAGCCGCCGCGUGCUGGCCGCCGCCGCCGCCGCCGCCGCCGACGACGUGUCCGAGCCCUCGUCCGACACCGACGCCGACAAGACGGAAGCGCCGCCGCCGCCGCCGCCGCCGCCGCACCACGACCUCGUCCGCCGCCGCAUGGGGGGCGAGUGGGUCUCUUGGAUGCUCAACGAGGUGGCCAAGACGGCCACGCGCGGCUACUACGGCUUCCAGCCGCCGCGCACCGCCGCCGACGAGCCCUGGCGCGCCCCCGCCACGCCGCCCCCCGGCGCCAUCCACGUCAACGACGCCCCGCGCCCGCCGCUGACGACGGGGAGGCCGUGA